AUGGAAAUGCCACUGGCUAAUAGUACUGCCACAGAAUCUGCCCUCAAUCCUAGUCAGUCUCAAGACUUCUUGUGUGAGGAAGAAGUACACAGUGAUGUUGAACAACCAUUUUAUAAAGAAAAUCUGAGAGCUAAUUAUGAAACAGAGGAGAUUGCAGGUUCUUCCAAAGGAGUACAGAAUUCUAUGGAUAUUCCUGAGAUGUCAGUCAGGCACCAAAAGGAAGUCCCAGAAAAAGGCAGGUGGAGUCCACAGAUGGUCUCAACUUGGGCUCCUGCAGGCGUUUGUUGGAGUGGUGGAGCGUCUCAGGAGGCCUGCAUGACACCUGAUGCAGAGCAGAGCUUGGAAAGCUUACAACCUCUGGAAGAGGACAUGGCUUUAAAUGAAGUCCUACGGAAAUUAAAACGUACCAACAAAGAACAGGAAACUCGGAUCCAAGACCUAGAGCGUUGUAACUCGUAUUUAGAGAAGAAGGUUGAAGAACUACAGAUGACUACGACUAAACAGCACGUGUUUGUGGACAUCAUUAAUAAGCUAAAGGAGAAGAUCGAAGAGUUAAUUGAAGAAAAGUACAGAAUAAAGCUAGAGAAGAGUGAUACAGAGAAGACACUCCAGGGUGUGCAUGAGAUUUUAGUUACCACCCAAAACCACCUUCAGGAAUACCAGAGUGAAAAGGAAACCUUACAGUUAGAGUUUAAGAAACUCAAGGGCAAUUAUGUGAGUCUACAGGAAAGGUACAUGACUCAGUGCAUGGAGAUGGACAGUGCCUUGAGCAAGAAAGAAGAAGAGAUAGAGAGACUGCAGCAGCUCAGAGGAGAGCUGGAAAAGGCCACCAUUGCCGCUCUGGACUUGCUGAAAAGGGAGAGGGAGACCAGAGAGCAAGAAUUCCUGUCUUUACGAGAGGAAUUUCAGAAAUGUGAAAGGGAACACCUGGAUGAAAGAGAGAAAUUGAAAUCUAAACUUGAGAAAUUGGUCGCUCAGGUUCAGAAUGUACAAUUCCUAUCCAACGGUGAAAAGGCUAAGAAUGCAGAACUCCGGCAGCAGAUCAAUGAAGUAAAAAAUGAAAACACAAAACUUCGGCAGCAGGUUGCGAGGAGUGAGGAGCAAAAUUGUGUCCCUAAAUGUGAGAUAGCUGGACUCAAGGAUAACUUAGAGGAUGUAAUAGAGUCAGAUGUGGCCAAGGAUGCAAAGAUGACACAUUCUAAUUUGUCCCCGAAUCACUCACCUUGUGAAGAAGGGAGUGCAAACCCCCCAGACAUGAAAAGAACUUCACAGCCGACGUCCAGAAGUCUCAGUCUUCUGGAUCUGAUGGUAGAACUUCUCCCACAACAGGACAUCAUCAAUCCUGAUGCUGAACAUUUCAAAGAGAAUGAGAAAGUUAGUGAUGAUAUGCCACAUAAAUUGAAGAGUUUUCAUCUUAAAAAGAAAAUUUUAGAUAAAGAGCUACUGAAACAUAAAGACAAAAUUGCAGCUUUCAGAGAGUUACUUGCUAAUGAAAAAUCAUUUCAACAUCAGGUUCCUCAGGUUACAGAAUCUGACUCCAAGGAAGCCAAGAAUGUCAGAGACGUGCCUGUGGUACUGAGAGCCAAACUGAACCAGUACCACAACCUAAACAAGGAGCUUGAUUUUUUGAUUGCAAAAUUGGAAAAUCUUCUAGAGACAAAAGAAGACCACUGCAACAGACUCACUGAAGAAAAUGACAAGUAUCAAAGACAUUUAGGCAACUUAAUAAAUAAGGUUACAUCUUAUGAGGAAAUUAUCAAAUGUGCUGACCAAAGACUUGUGAUAUCCCACUCCUGGAUUGCACAUUUAGAAGAGAGAAAUAAACAGUUGGAAGAUUUAAUUAGAAGGUCCAGAGAGAGAGUCAGAAAACCGGGACCGAGAAGUCAGCUAAAGCUCCUGACCGUGAUGCCAGUUAUUUUAGAAGGAAAUAGAAAUGAUUUAGAUUAA